GAUUGAUGUGUGUUGUGUCAAUUUGACAAUUUGUAUUUGACUAUUUGUCAGCCAAUUUCGAUUUUCUUUACGAUAACGCAAACUAAGUCGCAUUUUUAUUGAAAUUUUAUAGUACCUACCAAUUGGAUUGGUUUAGCUCUAAUUCCGAUUUCCGUUUGUAAAAUUCUUCACAGGACCAUGGAGGACGUAUUAGAUGAAAUUGUGUCUUCGGAAGAUUUGCAAAAGUUCGAGAAGGUGUUCCACGAGCAACUACAUCAGGGGAAUGUAACACAUAAGGCACAGUUCGAAUAUGCUUGGUGUCUCGUGCGGAGUAAAUAUCCUACUGACAUCAGAAAGGGUAUUUUGCUGCUGAAAGAGCUGUUCAAUUCACAUCCGGAUGGCAAGCGCGACUACCUUUUCUACCUCGCCAUCGGCAAUGCCCGGAUCAAGGAGUACAACAAGGCACUACAUUAUGUCAAAGCUUUCCUGGAGAUUGAGCCUGCCAACCAACAAGUCUUAGCAUUAGAGAGACAAGUAAACAAGCGCAUGGAGAAGGAAGGUCUGAUCGGCAUGGCGGUCGCGGGCGGCGCCGUGGUGGCGCUCGGCGGACUCAUCGGCCUCGGCAUUGCGCUCGCCUCCAAGAAAUAGCAUUUGCCCUUUAUAAUGCACGCCAUAGCUGGCGUGCAUUACUUCCUAACCAAGAAGAGCCAGCCCAAGAAAUAAAGGAGCCACAAAUUUACACCAGGCUUUAGAUUGUAAUUUAUUGUGCAUUCAUGUAAAUUAAAUGUGCAAUGUCACUCAUCACACAGCCCGUUUGCUUUCAUUACGGCUGUAGUAUAGAUAUAUAUGUAGAUGGACAUCGCGUGUUACCAAUUUUUUUACUUUAUUAUUAAGUCUCUUCCAGUUUUUGUUAUCUAAGAUUAUGCUUAAGGGGCUACUUAGGAUUUUUCUUAAAGGACGUAAGUUGUAAUGUAAAUACAUAUAUUAUUUCGGGGAUUAUUCUAACAAUGUAACAAAAUAUUUUUGUGUUAUGUCUGUUAUUAAGACUAUUUAAACUAUGCUGAAAGAAAAUGAGAAAUGGCAAAAUUAUUCUUAAUUAAUUUGUUUCGAAUUUAUGGCAAAGAAAUUAUAAACGAAAACUAAACUAACUAAAAUUAAUAAGGUAUGUGAUAUUUUUUAAAUCAAAAAAUUAGCUUGUACUAUUUUUUGUAGCUUUUAAACAACAAGUACUCUUCUUGCUUCAUUCAUUGAAGUUAUGUUUCUCAGAAUAGUAAUACAAUAAAUAAAAACUUAUUGAAUAUUCAAUGGUUCAAUAACUCAUGGACUGAAUAUAGGACAGGACGUAUCAAGUUUUGCAAAGACGUCAUGCAUUCAUUGGUCGACAGACUGCGCGUAGGAGAGUGGGCGACAGUGUUUAUGAAGAUAUAGAUAAAUACUGCAGCCAGCACUAAGAAUUUGUCGAUGCAAGGCAAUAUCGCUAUCUCUUUCAUAUAAGUAGACUUCUUAUGUAUUACGAGGUAUAGAUAGGGUAACAUUUAGUCAUCGUAUAGUAAUGCCUUUGCGCAAGAAGGAGAGGUCGGGCUAGAUGAAAGAGAAAGCAAUACAUGUACUUUGGAACAAAAAGUACUAAAAACUUUUUUAUUUAAUAAAUAAAAUAAUAAAAAGUUUUUAGUAAUGUUGGCUCCCAGUACUAUUACUUUUAUUUUGGUGCUCGUGCUCCGCGCUCGCGUAUCGUCACACAACAACUGUUAGUGAUAUUGCAAUAGGACGUCCCCUACGUAUUUGCUUCAUGGGUUUAUUAUAAUGAAGUUCAAAAGUGGUAAUACAGUGAUGUACCAAAUAUAGUUUGAAUAAAUGUAGUUAGAAAUACUUAUGUGAUAAUGUACUGUAUUUAUUAUUCCUCUAGAUUUAGGCACAACGUUAAGUUUAAGCGCAUGGAAGUCUUUAUUUAAAAAAAAUAAUAAUUUGUCAAUGUGAUUCCAUUUGAAUAAAUUUGUUUUUGUUUUAGAAA